UCCGAAGCUUCGGCUCCUAAGGCUGCCCCUAUGGCUCAAGCAUCAACUGCUUCUUCCCUUUCCAAAGGGAAAGACGUCUCUCCAACUGCUGCCACCGCGACUCCUCCUUCUGACUUGCGAGGCGUUAUUUCCUCUUUGGAGGCCUUCGCCUCCCAAUUCACUUCUUUGGAAGCUGACAAGGCUCGGCUACAAGAGGAAGUCAAAUCUUCCUCCUUGAAAUUGGAUGGCGCAGUCAAGAUAGCUGCUGAGGCUCGCCAAGAGGUUGACUCUCUGAAGGUGGAGCUGGGCAAGCUGAAAGAGAAGUUGAAGGAGGAGGAAGCAUCCAGGCUGGUGGCUGAAGCUCGAGCAGCCGAAAAGGAUGAAGUCCUUCGUCAGUCUUCUUUGGCCUUUCUUGGUAAUUUUUAUACACCUCUAUCGAUUGAUGUACUUAUGGAUUCGAUCCUUUUGCCAAUGUACUUUUUUCUUUCUUUUCUCUGCAGAAGCAGCGAAUAUCCCUGCUGAUGCCCUGGACAGAGUUCCAAACAACUCUCCAGCAAAUGUUAUGUCGAUGAUUCUUGCCUCUCACCAGCUUACGCGGGAGCUUCUUGUAAAGGGGAAGGGUGCCCUGGCGCGGAUGCACUCGAUGAUUUUCCCCAAGAUCAAGCAGGAGAAGACCCUGGGGCAUCUAGUCGAUGCCUUCGCGGUUGACACCAAGGAGGUUAUCGAGGUAUUCAAGCGUACAUCACGCACUUAUGGUGCUGUCCUUGCCUUCCAGCUUAUGAUGGGUUACGGCUUUAAGGGUGACAUCGAAGAGAUGACCAAGGAGGUGCCGAAAGAGCAAGACGGGCAGCUUGUUGAUUUAAGCGCCUUUAAAGCGUCUGCCCUUACUUGUGCCCGCCAGCUCCUUGAACUGGUUUCAUCAAGGAAAUCGUCGGCUGGACCCAGUUUAUCGACUCAGACCCAAGCCCCUUGAUUCUUGUAGCAAACUUAUGCUUGAGCUGAUGUGAAACAUUGUUCUGCCGCAAAACUUAUGCUUGUAAUAAACUCCGUGCUAGCAAUGUUGUUAGCACACUUUUGUUAUGAUAUUUCUUCUUGUA